UGAGCGUAUUCCUGAACGUAUCCUUUAAAAAUGUCGGCUCUAUUGAAUGCCUCGAUCAAGGCAGCUGCUGUCGUGGCACCCGACUCCCAGUUUGUGUUCAACUCUACGGAUUACGUGAUCUUUUCCCUGAUGUUGAGCAUUUCAGCAGCCAUUGGCGUGUACUUUGGAUUCUUUGCCAAGGGCGAGGACACCACCGAGGAGUACCUGAUGGGUGGCAAGCGUAUGAAGACCUUACCGAUUGCCAUUUCUCUGGUGGCCAGUCAGCUCUCGGCCAUUUCCAUUAUGACCAUUCCGGGCGAGAUGUAUGGCUACGGCAUCAAUUGGUUCUUUAAUGUCGUCUGCAUGGUAGUGGUGGUGCCUCUCCUCAACUACGUGAUCAUUCCCGUCUUCUACAACAAUAACAUCACCAACUGUUAUGAGUAUCUGGAGAUGCGGUUCGACAGGAAGGUGCGCGUCCUGCAGACCUUCCUCUUCAUAACGACCAUGUUUUUCAUGCUGCCCAUAUUCUUAUUCUUGCCCUCGCUGGCCUUCUCCCAGGUGACGGGCUUCAAUGUGCACAUCAUCAAUGCCAUCGUCUCUGGCAUCUGUGUCUUUUACACCAUGUUUGGUGGCAUCAAGGCGGUGGUCUGGACGGAUGUAGUCCAAGCGGGCAUUAUGGUGGUCUCCGUCGUUUUGGUGGGCGUAAUGGGUGCCUAUCGUGUGGGCGGCUUCUCCGAAGUCUUUCGCAUUGCCGGUGAGGGUGGUCGUCUGGAUGUCAACUUUAACUUGGAUUUGACCACGCGCUCCACCAUCUGGAACGUCUUCUCCUCGGCCACAAUCAUGUGGGCGGGCUAUGUGGGCCUCAACCAGAGCUGCGUCCAGCGCAUCGUCUCCCUGCCCUCGCUGAAGCACGCCAGGAGGGCUCUGGUGAUCUUCGGCUUUGGCUUUGUGAUCAUCAUGUUUUUCAACUGUUUCACGGGCAUCGUGAUCUUCUCCCGCUUCUUCGACUGCGAUCCCAUUAAGAUUGGCCAGGUGUCCAAAGUGGAUAAAAUGGUACCGUAUUUCGUUCAGGACACUGUCGGACAUCUGCGUGGCCUGCCCGGGGUGUUUAUCUCGUGCGUGUUCAGUGCGGCCCUGAGCACUCUCUCGGCCAGCAUUAAUUCUCUCGGAGGAGUGGUUUAUUUCGAUUACAUCAAACCCCACAUCCGCCACACGGAGCACAAGGCGAACGUGAUUAUGAAGCUGUUUGUGUUCUUCUGCGGCAUCUACUGCGUCCUGGGCGGCAUCGUCGUGGAGAAGUUUAACUCCAUUCUCCAGGUGCUCUACUCGAUCGGAGGCGUUAGUUUUGGAGCCACGUGUGCCGUAUUUAUGCUCGGCAUGCUAGUGCCACGGGCCCAUGGAAGGGCGGCCAUCAUUGGAGUUCUUUCCAGUAUUGCGUGCAUGUCCAUCAUAGUGAUCCUUAGUUGGGGACGCAACCACUACGACACUCUGCCCACACGCGUCGACAACUGUCCGGCACCGGCCCUGAAUGCCACCACCACAGUCUCCCCCCUCAGUCCGUCAGCCACAGCGGCAGCCCACACCGGCGAUGAGUUCAGUAUCCUGGAUCUGUCCUUCAACUGGUAUGUGGUGGUGGGCUUCGCCAUAACAUGGCUGGUGGCAGUGCCGCUAAGCUACAUCCUGAAGCAGCGAGCCGAUGUCAAGCUGGAUCCCAAGCUCCUGUCGCCGGUGGUGCAGCCUUUCGUCCGCUACGAACUGGCGCAGGCGGACGAGCUGCACGAGCUGAAGAGCGAAAACACCAAGGCCUGAGGCAGUUAACCAUAAGAUAUGCUUAGGUUGGGCAUCGUAAAGAUAUAAGAUAGGGACCCGGUGGUUGAUAUGAGUGCUGUGCACAGUCAGUGGACUCCAGUACGAUCCCAUUCCAUCUAGAUCGGAUCUGUCUGCAGAACAUCAAGAAUUUUGCUUAUCUGAAUAAAAGGCUAUAUCACUA